CAUUUUAACUGAUGGACAACGAUAAAUAAAUUACUAUAAAUAGUUAUCGUUGCAUGUUACAAAUGUUUUUAUAUAAAUAUCGUACAACAAUAAAUAACAUUUUCUUGAUUUUGCGCCUCGCGCGCUACAGUGCAAGUCAUUGAGGGGCAAAAUAAGCUGGUAGCUGUAGUUGUCAAUGUUAUCCGAGCGAGGGCGAAGGUGUACGACCCGUGUUGUAACUUGUCAAUAAAGUUUUGGUUGCCCUUGUAGCGCAUAAUGUUGGGGAGAUCCUGUUCUUCAGCUGUCAGUUGAAUUGUCCGGAGUUUAUUUGCGUGAAAUCAUGCUGUGCGUCCUGACCAGAACUGCGACAAGGACGGGGCUGGUGAAGCCAUGCCGUCUGCUAAGUCCACUGCCGGUUGUCCACAUUUCGGAGCGGCCGCUGGUCCAUCAGGAGAGUCUGCCAAAGCUGCCGGUUCCGCCGCUGAAGCAGACGUGCGCGCGGUAUCUGGCCUCGCUCGAGCCGCUGAUCAGCGAGGAGGAGAAGGCGCACACGCGCGAGCUGAUGGACGAGUUCCUGCGGCCCGGCGGCGUCGGAGAGAGACUGCAGAAGAGCCUCGAGCGCCGGGCGCGCAAAACCGACAACUGGCUCUCUGACUGGUGGAUGCAGUCGGCCUACCUGGACUCUCGAAUGCCUGUGGCGAUGUACACAAGCCCAGGGGUCGUUUUACCCAGAAUGUACUUCCAAGAUCGUCAGGGACAAAUAAGGUUUGCUGCUAAACUCAUUGCUGGGGUUUUGGAUUUUAAAAGCAUGAUUGAUAGUGAAACAUUGCCUGUGGAAUAUCUGGGUGGCAAGCCUUUGUGCAUGGACCAGUAUUACCAGGUGCUGACUUCAUGUCGGAUCCCUGGACCCAAGAGAGACAACGUGGUGAACUACGCUAUUGGAAAGACCGCUCCUACCCACAUCACAGUGGUCCACAACUUUCAGUUCUUUGUUCUGGAUGUGUACAACAGCGAUGGUACACCACUGACUGUAGAUCAGAUUUAUGUUCAGCUGGAAAAGAUCUGGAACUCUUCCCUUCAGACCAAUAAAGAGCCGGUUGGCAUCCUGACCUCCAACCACCGUAACACCUGGGGCAAGGCCUACAACAACCUUAUCAAGGACAAGACAAAUAAGGAGUCAGUGAGGGCAAUCCAGAAGAGCAUCUUCACAGUGUGUCUUGAUGCUCCAGUGCCACGCGUGUCAGAUGAGAUGUACCUUAACAAGGUGGCCGCUCAAAUGCUCCAUGGUGGAGGCAGUCGCUGGAACAGUGGGAACCGCUGGUUUGACAAAACACUGCAGUUUAUAGUUGGGGAGGACGGAUCGUGUGGACUCACUUAUGAACAUGCUCCGGCUGAGGGACCUCCCAUUGUUUUCCUGGUGGACCAUGUUGUUGAUUAUAUGAAAAGAACUGAGAUGGUACGAACUCCCAUGAUUCCACUUCCUAUGCCACAAAAGCUUCGAUUCAACAUCACACCAGAAAUCAAGAAGGACAUUGAGAAAGCCAAACAGAACAUGAACAUAAUGGUGCAUGAACUGGACGUUCGAGUGCUCAACUUCGCACACUAUGGAAGAAAAUUCCCAAAGUCUCAUAAAAUGAGUCCUGACGCAUUCAUCCAAAUGGCUCUUCAGUUGGCCUACUACAGGAUGUAUCAGAUGUGCUGUCCGACCUACGAAAGCGCCUCCUUGCGCAUGUUUAAACUGGGCAGAACUGAAGCCAUUCGAUCCACCACCACAGAAUCGCUCCAGUUCACAAAAGCCAUGGAUGAUCCAUCAAAACAUAAUAGUGAGAAAGCAGCACUGCUCGAAAAGGCCACCAAAGUCCACAGAGAGCACACACACAUGGCCAUCCAUGGGCAGGGUGUAGAGAGGCACAUGCUGGGUCUAAAGAUGGUGGCUAUUGAAGAUCUGACGUCUUUACCUGAGAUCUUCAUGGACACAUCGUUCGCUGUGGCUUCACAUUUUAAUCUCUGCACAAGUCAGGUUGGAUCAAAGACAGACUGUGUUAUGUGUUUUGGACCCAUGGUUCCUGAUGGUUACGGUGUCUGCUACAACCCCAUGGAUGACCAUAUCAACUUCGCUGUGACUGCCUUCAACAGCUGCGAGGAGACAAACGCCACGAAACUGUCACAGUUUCUAGAGGACUCGCUUCUGGACAUGAAGACUCUUCUGGAGCAGGUGUCUAAGACCCAGUGAGUGACAGCAUUUCAUCAAUGGCAAAAGAAACCCUCACGGAAGCCCUGAGACACUUUCAGACUGGAGGCUUUUACCACUUUUGGUAUCAUUAACUUGACAUAUAUUUGCCUUAUAUUGGUAUUCCAUAUCUUUAAGGUCACGCGUGUGAUUUGUUUCAUUAUGCAGACUAUAAAUAACUAAGAACAACAUUCUUAGGUUAAUUCCUUUGCAAAGUGUAAACAUUGUGACUAUGUGGAGCUUUUAAAACUUUGAUUUGUUUGUUUGAGCAACCUGACAAGCCUGACUCAAUAGCAUGAAUUUGAGGCUGAACUAUCUCCAACUGCUGGACAUCAGAAAACCAGUUUGAAAACCGUCUUUAUUUUCGCAGGGUAUUUAGUGGCACAGAAAUUACACACUUCAGCUUUCAGUAAAGUGACUAUGGACUAAGAGGAUGCUACAGACAUAAAAAAAGACAGCCAGAAACAAACUCAUUCUGUUUUAAUUUCAGUUUCAACUGUAAAAAAUGUUAAGCGUGAGAAGGCUCUUGAUAUUAUACAGUGCCAUAUCAUGGUAAACCCAAAAUAUCCUGUUUUUUUUACAUGUACGCUAGGGUAUGUGUUCAGUGACACAAAUUUCAGCUUCAGCACAGUUCGUUCAUAUUGUACAAGUGCAGUCCGUUUUCUUUUUGUACUAAUUAGUUUGCCACAAGGUGGCAACACUGGCCUGGGCCUGUUUCACAAUCAGAAAAGAAACGGAGGAGACAGAACAAGAACAAGAAUGAUGACAACAAACUGCUGAAGAUGGUAAAAACAAUAUUCACCCGUAUUAACAAGCAAUUGUGUGAGGCGAUUAAAAGAUACUCGAAAAUCAAGUUUAAGUGAGUAAAAAGACUUUUUACGUUUAAGAAUUUUUAUCUCUCAUAACUUUUGGAGAGAAAAGGCGCAGACACUGGACAAGGAUCAAUGUUUUUAGUGUUGAGUGCCUGUGUUCAUGCAUGCUACGUGUAAAAAAAAAAAAUAGUAUACUUAUAAAAAUUAUAUGGUAGUUUCACAAAUGGUAAGUUGGACUGUUACGCUAAACUCAGAGCCAUAUGGACUGUUCUAAAUCAGUAAAAUAUCAGAAAAAUAUUACGAUUGUUAUUUAUUUUGUGCUGAUAGAUUAGCAGUAGACUUGACACAUUAUUGUCAGUUUACAUAGAUUAACUCAUUCUCAUUUCAAUAAAUAUACAGAAGCACUUAUAAACAGUAAAUUGUAUGAUUUUUGUUUUUAAAUAUGAAAAAGAAUUAUGUGAUUUGAUUAUAUGAUAUCUUUGAUAUACAGUUAAUAAAUCCUAUCUUCAGUUCUGA